AUGAGUACAUUGAAGGAUGGAGAGGCAGACCCCAUCGAAGAAAUGGAACUUUACUUCGUUCUUCAGGAUGACCCAAGCUAUGAAUUAGUUCCCAAUGGUGCGAAUUUAAAGGUGACUGGACGCAACGUUCGUGAAUAUGUUAACGCGAUGAUCAAUGCUGUUCUCAAGGAUGGGGUUUUGUGUCAAAUACAGAAGUUCGCUGAAGGCUUCUCGACUGUUUUUCCAAUUCAGUCGUUAAUGGUAUUUUAUCCGGAAGAAUUGCGAAAAAUUUUUGGUGCAAUCGAGGAAGACUGGUCUGAGAGAGCUAUCUUUGACGCCAUAGAGGCCAACCAUGGUUACACAAACUCAUCUAAGUCAGUAAUUCGUCUUGUCCAGGUCAUCUCGAACUUCAAUGAGGUUCAGCGCCGCCAGUUUUUGCGUUUUCUCACAGGAGCACUGAAGCUUCCCAUCGGUGGGUUCAAGUGUUUGCAUCCAAGAUUUACUGUGGUGAGAAAAGAUCCAGAAAGCGGGCUUAAAAGUGACGACUACUUGCCUUCAGUAAUGACUUGUGCACUGUACCUAAAGCUUCCUGAUUAUAGUCUGAGAGAUAUAAUGAAAUCUCAGUUAUUACGAGCUAUGUCAGAAGGAGCUAACUCGUUCCAUUUGUCGUGA